AUGAUGAAUGGCAAACAUCAUCAUGUUGUGGACCAUAAUGGUAACCACGAUUCACAAAAGGAGAGCGGCGGUAGCAGUAGCGCCAGCGGGAGUCCAAGUCUGUUGUCGCAAUCGCUUCAGCAACAAAUGAAUAUGAAUCUUGGAGCUGAUAAUAAUAAAUCACCAAUACCAAUGGUACCGGUUCCACAAAGUCCACCCAGACCAGAACGAUCUUAUGACUUUGGAAAUAUCAACAUUGAUCCCAUAGCCAUGCAAUCCCUGGGAUCGAUGUCCAUUGAACAAUUUGAGCAACAACGGCAGCAGCAGCAGCAGCAGCAGCAACAACAACAACAUCAGCAAGGGCUGUAUUCUCUGGACGAUUAUGGUUCACCAAAGGAAAGCACGAGCAAAUUGAAUGAGUCUCCCCUGAGAAAUUGGUUGCCCAACAAUUCGGAUACUACCAUUAUGACUUCCAACAUUGCUUCUGCCGCCAACAAAUCAUUACUGGGACAACUCCAUCAUGAAGAGCAGCAACAACAGCAGCAGCACCAAAAAAGUCACCACAAUGCUCUAUCCAUGGCAACCAGUCCACCAAUAUCCACGACGCAGUUUCCACAUCUGAAUGGUGACGCACCAGCUUCUACUUGCGUGACCAUUCUCAAAAAUGCAGACUUGUCCCCCACGGUCGAACGUUAUUCCGAAGAGGACGGUUCCUCAUCCUUGAAUGGAGGAAGCAGACGCAACAUUAUGGGUCAAAAGGUCGAUAGCAAAUAUGCUCCUAUCCCGGCUCCUCCGACUACUGCAGCACUCGAAACGACGCCCACUCCCGUGUAUUAUACCUUCAAUUCCUUAUUUCAAGCUUCCGGCAACAACAGCAACAAUAACAAUGACAUGCUGCUGGUGACACCGACACCUGAUGGAGAUUCCACUUCUUCCAACAAUAACAACAAUAACAACAACAACAACAAUCCAAGGCAACUCUGGAGUUCUUCCAUUCACGCCCAAAGUCUACUACUCGGAAUUGCAUUCAUGGCCAUUUGGACGCCCAACAAUGCCAUGGCGCCCAAUCUAACCGCCAUGGCCAGUGACUUUCACAUGACUUCGGAUUAUGACCGCGAUUUAUAUUUGGGAUCCUACAUUAGUCUGGCGCUGGGUGUCUUUUGUCUGCCCAUUUCCGCCCUGUUGGGUUUCAUGGCCGACUUUUAUUCCCGCAAAUAUUUGUUUCUGGCCUGCGUGGUGGGUGGCUCCCUGUCGACCCUGUGGACGGCCCAUGCCCAAACCUUUGUGUCAUUGUUUUGGUCCCGACUGUCCUGUGGUGGAUGCAUGUCGGCCAGUGUGCCCGUCGCAUUUUCUCUCUUGGGCGAUUUGUUUGCGGUCGAAGAACGGAAUGCGGCCUCCAGUGGUUUGACGAGCAUGAUGGGACUCGGGAUUAUCAUUGGACAAGUCUAUGCGGGAACGGUAGGGCCACAAAUUGGAUGGCCGCAUAUUUUCAUGAUGUCGGCAUUGCUCCAAGCCAUUACCGCGCUGUUUGUACUGCUCUGGGUUCAAGAACCUACCAGGGGUGGAAAAGAAAAAGCCUUGCAGGAUAUGCUUUCCAGUGGCAAAAAGUACGACCGACAAUUGACCCUGAGAGGGUUCCUGGAUGCCAUGCAUAAGAAUCGAUCCAAUUCCAUUCUACUAUGGCAAGGCUUCUUUACAUCUUUGCCUUGGGGGAUUAUCUUUGUCUUUCUAAAUGACUUUUUGAGUCAAGAAAAAGGAUUUAGUGUGCCAGAUGCUACCUUGUUGGUCAUGCUGUUUGGAUUGGGAUGUGCGAUUGGCGGCAUUGCGGGUGGGUACCUUGGACAAGUUUGUUUGCAAUACGAUCGCAAAUAUCUACCAUGGAUGAUGGCCGCCACGACGGCCUGUGGUAUUUUGCCCUUUAUCGGACUUUUGGAAACCGAUUUUGACAAUGACUAUGAGGAAGGGAAAACGAGCAGCGUUGGGUAUUUGGCCAUGACGUAUGCACUCUUGUGUGGAUCAGUGGCGUCCUUGCCCAGCGUCAAUGUCCGACCGUGCAUCAUCAAUGUCAAUCCACCCGAGACAAGAGGUGCCGCACUGACGGCGAGUAACUUGUUUAUUACUCUGGGUCGAGGGAUUGGGCCUUCCUGUAUUACACUAUUGGGAAUUGCUGGAAUCAGUCGACGAAAUGCAUUCAAUAUUACAUUGACUGUAUUUUGGGUCAUGACUGCUGGUCAACUCUUUCUUUUGGGAUACACCUUGCCCAAGGAUCAAGAUGACAUGGAAGCCGAACUAGAACGCUAUGCUGCCAUGCACACUGUUGGUGGCGGUACUGGUGCGGGCUUGAGUGAAGAUAGCAGUGAUGAUGAUGAUGACGGUAAUUCCAGCACUUCAACGGACGAGGACCGGGAUUCACCGGUGGAAAUCGAGGCAGGCAAGCCAAAGGAAGAGCAAGAAAACAACAAGGAUGUUACGACCGACACGGAUGCAUUGGUACCCAAGGUGGAAGUUCCACCAAAACAACGACGAAUGCGAUCCCCUUUGCGACGAAUCUUUGGGGACAAUGGCAAAAGUCCACGUCGUCGCCAUCAGCAAACAUCGAGAGACGAUCCAUCCUUGAACUCGAUGUCGAGUAUUGAAGAGUACAUGACUUCGAUCAAUAGCUUUGAUGGUUUGGCGGCCCGACAGUCCCUUCAAUUUGUCACCCAAGGGAUUCGGGAAUUGAAGGAAGAGCUCAGCCUGAUUGGUACCGCCUGGGGUGGUCCAGUCUGCGGUCCUUCGCAUUUGGCCACCUCGGAGGAGAACGAUGAUGACUUUGUCAUUCGAAGCAGCAUCGAAACAGGAGCCAUCGACCUUCGAGUUCCAAACUUUGAACCGGAUGGGGACCAUCGACAAGGUGGUAUUUCACUCGCCGAACUGGACCGACGAAAGCAAGCUUGGAAUCAACGUCGCAAGGAGCAAAAACGAGAAGGAGCCGAGAUGGUUGCCAACGAAAAAACUCCACUUGUAUGA